AUGCCUCCCACCGUGACUACUUCCACCAGCAGCGGCACGCCAACAGCAAUACCGAUCAUCGCCACGCCUACCCCCUCAAACGGUUUCAAUGGCGAAGAGUUCAUCAACAACCUCGGCAGCGAUUUGGCGCCUCUCUUAACGCUAUUCGGAGAGCAAGUCACGAAACAGUUUCUCAGCAUGUCACUCGGAUGGGCUGAUCAUAUUUUGCUCGCUGUUGGCCCACUGGGAAUCAUCACCACGGUCGUUUCGGCAAUCCGAGUUUCCAAUGUCAGAGUUCUGAAAGCCAUAAUUGGACGAGCACGAGAAAAGCUAGCGACAGCAGAGCUAGAGCUACUCUCUUCGACGUCAGAUGCCACUUCCGAACUCUGGACCGAGGAAGGAAUCGUUCGUCAACCAGGUCAUGCCACAAUUCUCGAGUUGGUGGCCUAUAGAUGCAAAUCCAGGGAGAUGAUCACAAACCAGGAUGGGAUCGACCUUGGACUCCCUGGUGAGAUUCAUAUCGGCAAUCUUAGUGAGGCAUACAAUGUGGGAGUUCUCAGGCCUUCCCCAGAAGGCCCUUCGACGAAGUUCAAAGACUUCAUAGAGGGGUUUAAGCGGAAGUACUGGCCGGCUUCUCCGGUUCCAAACAAAUCAAAGACUCUGAAGCAUCUCGCUAGAUUGCACACAGAGAUUGUUAUGAACAGCGCGGAAAUUGCAUCAAAGAAGGCAGAACUCUCUGAAAUUGAUUUAGCAGAAAGUCCUAGAAGCGGAGUACAGAUCCCAACGGAUAAGACGCUUCUUCUUUUUAAGAUCGCUGAAAAGAAUUCCAUGGUUCGCGUUGCACAGCGUCUCGUCAGCAAACUUGCGAUUCAGCCACCGAACCUCAUACUCAAUGUACACAACACACUCCCAAAGAGCAGAGAGCUAUGGGUAUUCGCCACUCUUGGACUUGCUCUGCAAUUUGUUGCCGUAGCAAUUCCCGCGAUCACGACUUAUCACUGGAAGAAACCGAAGGAUUCAAAGCCUGUUCAUGACUACGCAUAUCCAACUUUCCUUCUAGGAACAUGCUUACUGGUCGUGAGCAUAGCGCUAUGCUCGUAUGUCAUUGAAGCAACUACUGUUGAGCAGGUGUUCACACCGACGGGCGAUUAUCUGGUGAAACGUAUCUUCCGGUUGCAACUGCAACAAGACAUGGGUGAUCAGCCCUUCAAAGCAUACGUCAUCUUAAACGACGCCGAAGACAAGGAGAUUCGCACUUCGAGAUAUGAUCCAGAGGAGAAAGACGAACAUGCACCAAACUCAAGAACCGAGACUCAGAAGUCUACAGUCAUAGUUGCUGUUGCACUAAGCUUCACUGGCGCAGACCCCCUGAGCAUCGGAGACCCUCGGAUCGUGCUACGACGAAAGUUGCAAUCUUUCUCAUCUAAAGAUGACGCUGAUCUUGCUCCAAUCUCCAAUGCUCUCGGACGCGCCAUUGGGGAUUUGCACCGGACCUUCCGCUCAUAUUCUAUAGAUGGUACAGUCGAGUGGGUGCACAUAGUUGAGAGUAGACUCAACGAUUCCAGCGUCCGAUACGGCCGUCUAAAGCUCAUGACAACGACUGGGUACAUGGAUGAGAAAGCGUUGCAUGCUAUCCUAGCACUCUGGCGGUAUGCAAAGCCUAUGACAGGUAGGACGAUAUGUGUUGUGAAGGCAUUCUCCGUGGAAGACUGGACAAAAAAGGUGGAAUUCCUCGAGGCCUUGAUCGACGCAAAAGCAUCAUACGCCUUCCCUCUGAACAAUGGUCAUAAAAUAGUUUCACCAGUCGGAGAGGGUGAAGCUGAAGAGUGGGCAUCACCAGUCAGAGAGGGUGAAGCUGAAGAGUGGGCAACCCAAAAAGACGACUGUGAAUACACUGGGCUGAGUAUCGAGAGUAUGCUAGGUUUAACCAAGCCUCUCGCAGCCUAUGCUGAUCCUUUCCCUGGCUACCUAGCUGUUGAUGUGGGUACACGAGCAGCCCACUUUGCUUUCGAAUUGCUUGCAGGUUUCAUGGAUGCACUGUGGGAAAAGCUAGAUCUGAGAUACCAUGACGAAGCCGGAAACUGGUCUGCGAAAUGGUCCGAGCGCAGGAUACCGCUGGAAGUGGAUGGGAUCGUGGACAUUCUCAUGGACAGUAAGCUAGUGAGUAACCACACAGAUGCCAAGAUUUUGGUCUUUUCAUCGCUUGCGCGAUGCACAGUAUGGAAAGACUCAUCGAAACCAGACGAGUCUACCCCCACGGCAGAUCGACAAUCCGAAAUGGCCCCACCAACGGGUUCAGAUACUCAAGACAAGAGCCCGCACGAAGAACGAGCGUGA